AUGAGUAUAUAACCUAGAUUAAGCCCAAAAAAUUACAAAAAGUACAGCAUCUUCAAUGAUUCAAUUAAUAUAAGAACAUCUCGUAAUACAAGCUUUGAUUAUGAAUUCUAAAAGAGAAGAAAUUCCAAUAUAAAGUUCAAAAAUUCAGGAAGUGUUUUGAGAGGGUCUAAGGCAAAUGAUUUUAUGGGGAAUCUUGUAGCACAUUUUUAAUAUGUAUUUGUAUUCUCUAUUGUAAAUAUAGGGAUAAAAUGCGUUCAGAGAAAAGAAUUUAAUCGAAGCAAUUAAAUACUAUAACGAAUGUUUAUUGAUAGAUUCUCUACAUAUACCAAGUCGUUAUAUGUUGGGAGUUUGUCAUUUCUCUUAAAAUUAGUAUGAAAAAUGCAUAAAAGAACUAAAAUUUGUUAAAGAACAAUAGCCAAAUUACAAUAAGAAUGUAUAUAUAAUACUUGCACUUGGUUAUAAAAAGUUAAUGCAAGUAGACUGGUCCAUAAGAACAGUAUUAAUGGUAUAUUCAUAAUAGUUAGAUGAAUGUUUGCAGUUGUAUCCCUAAUGUUAUGACGCUAUGAUCUUUAAAGGUAAAUUGGAGCUUAAAUUAAGAAGAUUUUAGGAUUGUGAAACAACUUUGAGAUCUGCUAUAAAGAUAAAUUCGAAAAGAUCAACAGGAUUUCAUUAUCUUGGAGAUUGCUAGAGAUUGCAGAAUAAUUUAGAAUUGGCAAUUAAAAAUUAUUAAAUAGCAUUGCAAUUCGAUACAAGUGAUAAGUCUAAAUUGAACAUUUUGAAAAUGUCUAUAUGUUUAUAUGAAAUGGCCAAUUAUCAGUAGGCUUUAUAAAUGAUUGAUUAGGUAUUAUUUUAUGUUAAUAAGUAUUUAAGUCAAGAUGAACAAUCAUCAGAAGCUAAUAAGUUGAAAGGUUAAAUUUUAUAUAAGCUUGGUGAAAAGUAAGAAAGUCAAUUAUAUUAUGAAUAAGCCAUUUAGAACAAUAAUUCUAGAAGUGCUGUAUCAAAGGCAAUGAUCGAAAUUAGUAAAUUCAAAAUAGAAUCAAAAGACUUUUACUCUCUAUAUCAUACACUUUUGAGAACUGAAUAUUUGGAUGUCGAUAAAUAGUAAUUGGAACCUUACAUUCAAUUCUCUGAAGCUGUUGUUUGUUUAAUGAAAAAGAAUUAUAUUUAAGCAGAUGAAGCAUUCAAGAAAUUACAAUAACUUGAUAUUCCUCUUUUAAUCUCAGAUAUAUACUAUUCUUAUAUUGGAUAUUUGAAUAUGAUGUUAAAUAAUUUUGAAGAAGCAUUAAAGGAUUUUAGAAAGAAUAAGUCAUUACCAUACAAUUAAAUCAUAUGUGAAGGCAUUAUUAAUUUUAAUUCAUUUGAGAUUGCUUAUUCUAAAUUUGAUUAAGCAUUAAGUUAUAAUUAGAUUGAUCCUAAUAUGUAUAAAGCAAUUCUAUUAAUUAAAGAGGGUUUGAAGCAGUAGAAUUCUGAUUAUGUCAAUAAUUCAUUGCAAUGUUUAAUUCGAGCCUAAUAGUAGAAUUAGAAUAAUUCUUAAUUGAUGUAUUUAAAAUCAUUGGCUUAUAUGUUAAUGGACAAUAUUGAAGAUGCAUAUAAAGAAAUACUAACAGCUAUUGAAAAAGCUGAUGAAAAUUUAGCUGAUCAUUAUUAUUUGAAAGGAUUAAUUAUAGCAUUAAAUGGAGACAUCAUUAAUGCUGUUUAAGACUUUUCUGUUUGCCUUGGAAUUGAUGAUCAAUAUUAAAAAGCCUAUUUAUAAAGAUCUAAAUGUUAUUCAUAUUUAGGAGAAAUGUAAUCAGCUUUUGAUGACAUGAAUAGUUAUAUCUAAUAUGUUGAUGAUUUUUUGAGUGCAGGUAAUCUGCUUUAUAAUAGUAAGAUGUAUGAAGAAGCUUAUAAAACUUACAAACAAGAACCUAAUUUAACACUUGAACAUAAGUAGCAAAUAGCUAUUUGUUUAUUUUAAUUAGAGUAAUUUGAUGGAUAAGAGUUUAAUGACUUUAUUUAAGAUAAAUUAUUUGAUUAAAAUAUGAUUCUUGCUUAUCAACAAAUCCUUAAAUAUGAAUAUGAUUCAGCCAUUAUAACUUUACAAAAAAAAAUAGAUCAUUAAUCUUCUUUUUUUUUUAAUAAAUAGUAUCUCCAUCAAUAUAAGGGUAUUUGCUAUUUGUAUCUUCAGAAAUAUUAAGAAGCUAUAUAAGAAUUUGAAAGGUGUAUUCAGAAUACAAAAUCUGAUACUCUAAUUUACAUUACAAAUUAUAAUAUUAUGUUUUGUUGGAUGAUGCUUAAAAAGUAUAAAUAUUCUCAUACUCAACUUGAAUAACUAAUUAAAAUUUCAGAAUAGAAACAUGUACUAUUAACAAUCAGAAAUUUAUUAAUUGAUUAAACUGAAUUUAAUUUGUAAGAUAACCCACAAGGAAUUGAAAUUAUGUUAGCCGAUACAAUUAAACUACAACCAUUUGUGUCAACCUAAUAUUCAAUUUAUCCAUAUUUUUCACUACCUAUUGCACAACCAAAAGAUAUUACUCCAUAAUUUGAUUUUCUAAUUAUUUAAUCUUUAAAUGUAAUUAGAUAUUGAUAUUAAUUUAGGCUUAAUCAAUUGAGUGUAGACCUGAAGCACCAUGGAUAAGAAGAAAUGAAAGUGGUGUUUUAUUCACAGAUAAUUUGUAAUAAUGUGAAUUAAGUUAAACAGAAAAUAGUUCUCCAGAAAAUUGA